UGACAAACGCGUUCGACAGUCGUGCCUGACGUAUGUCUUAGGAAAGUUCCUGAAGAAGGUGGAUCGACAGUCCUCUACCUUCUUCUGCGUUAGAACUGUCAUCCGGGCAACGUGUCUCUAAUUUGUUUAAAUACGUGAUUAAUUCACCGACCAUGGACCCAGAGGAUUACACCAACGAAUUGUCUAGGAAAGAGUCAGAGAACGAUAGCGAGGACUGCGCGCACUCGCCCAUAUUGUUGGAUCUAGACAAAAAUUCUAAACAGCAACAAGAGGUCCUAACUCACGAAGAAAGUUCUUCGUCAAAGUUGUCGGCCGUCGACCACUAUUUGCAGGAUCAAUUAGUCAGGAACGGAUCAGAAUGUUUAGUUAGAGAAACUUCAAGCAUAGCUCGCAGGCAAUCCACAAGAAGAACAUGGCAGGAUGGGAAUUUCGAGGAUCGCCAGCACAGCAGCGAUCGAGUGUUCGUGAUCAGAGUUCCCGAGCCAGAAGUGAUCAAUACUCAUCCCCAUUUAGAGAUCCUUCACGAAACAAACAUUAAAUCCGUACAGAGGGAACCGUCGCAGACUGAAAAAGACUACAAGAAAUCAGCAUGCGACAGAGAGAGAACAAGAAUGAGAGACAUGAAUCGCGCGUUCGAGCUGCUGCGAUCGAAGCUACCGAUUUGCAAACCGCCUGGAAAGAAACUGUCCAAGAUCGAAUCCCUUAGGCACGCGAUAACGUACAUCCGUCACUUGCAAAGUCUCCUAGAACCACAAUACAGCUACGUUCCGAACGUGCCUGAAAGAAAUUACUAUACCAGUGCCGGGCCGGUUACUACGACCACGUCAUUCGACGUGCAACACCCUACGCGAUGGGAAUCAUUCGCUUAUUAUCGUUACGAUUAUCAUGCGCCGUUCGUUGCUCCAUCGCCAUCUGCGCUACCCUCCACGGUUCAUCCUCGGAUAACAGCAGAACAGGCCGAUAGACAGUUUGUGUAUGAGACACGACAGUUGGAUAGGUGUUGAUACUAUUAACCCUUUGGCCUACAAUCACGAGUGAGACUCGUGGCAAGGAAUUUGGUCCAUAAACAAGAAACACGAGCCUGACUCGUGGUGCUUCGUUCGGAUUUCUUAACUUCCUGUUUACUAUGAGCAAUCAGGAUGUAGCGUGUAGGUCAAGGGGUUCGCGCAUGCGUCCUUUAAGGUGUCCAACCAUAGAGUAAUUUUAUAGAGAACGAGUUUGUUGUGGGAAUCCCGAAUUUCAGGCCUAUGUAAAUUAAGAACAGUCUGUACGAAUAGAUUAUUCGAAAGUUCGAAUAAUAUCGUUCGUCUUUCUUUAUUUAAAUUGUUUUUAUUGAGAUUAAUAACGGUUUAGGGUCGAACAAACGAAAUUUUUAAUUUAAAAACACUUGAGGCCCGAUUCGGGCCUAUGUCUUUAUUGUAAAAACUUACAUUUUGUAAAUAUAUUUUUACAACAUGUAGAGAAUGUACAUAAUAGAAUUAUCUUAAUCUUAAUAGGAACAUUUGGUAGUAAUCUUU